UAAACACACAUCUGUUUUCUUUACCUUCAUAUCCACAGUCAAAAUUCAAAUCGUAGAAAUGACUGAGGACGAGCAGACUAGCGAUUUUCUCGAGGAGCCGUCGAGCAGCAUAAAAGUCGAUGGCGAAGAGGAACUCAGCGAAUUUGAUGAUGAAACCAAGAAAUUGCUGUUCAGCAGUCGUACCAAAAAGGAGAAGGACACCUGGGAAAAACUCCCCGAAGUCAGCCUGAAGAACAUGGGCUUUAUGGAGUCGAUGGAAGACAUCAAUUUCGAAUUCGGCUGCAGCAAGGAGUUUCUUAUCAAUGGAAUAACAGAUUUGGUGGUCAAUAAAAAGUGCACCGAUGUAGAAGUCCAUGUGGGCGAUGAAACAUUUAACUGCCACCUGCAAGUUUUGCAAUUAAGCACGAAAUACUUCAAGAAAUUCAAAAACGUGGAUUCCGUCACCUUGAGUUCAGAUAUGGUCACUCCUAAGGGUUUUGAGCUGGCCUACGAAUGGAUGAUCCAUACGGAGGCCAAGCCGCAGCGGAAUCACAUCAUGGAGCUUUAUUUGACGGCCAAUUUCCUGGAGAUGACGGACCUACUCGCCCAAUUGUGGAGUAGACUAGACGAUCCCAAGUUGCUCAAUGGCUUCGAAGCAUUUCGUCUUUAUUUGGAGUGUUUACCCUUAAAGGCGAGCGUGUUGCAGGAUCUGAUGCUGAGUCGCAUCCAUGAUUAUUUUCUGAUUGCCGUGGCCACCGAGGAAUAUCUAGAACUGGAGCCGAAGUACGUCUUUAAGAUGCUCAGUCACGAGAACAUGUGUGUUAAUUCUGAGAUGGAGAUGUUUAUGAGUGCGGUUAGGUGGUUGCUUUAUGACUGGCAAAAUCGGAAAGAGGUUGCGGUUACUAUAAUGCAAGCCAUACGCUUCAAUCUGAUGCCAUCUUGGUAUACCACCGUCCUAAAAACCAAGCAAGUGGAUGAGAAGUUCCAAGAAUUGUUGGACAUAUCGGAGAUCCAAUCGAUGAUCAAUCUGGGUCUUUCCUUUUCAAUAACCCAAAACAUGUUGGGGCCCACAUCACCGCUGAGGGAGCCUCUCCAGAUGCAAAAACCUCUUGAACGCCAGUGGGUCCGCAAUCCAAGCAUUCCACAUCACCACAGAUUCGAGUGCCCCAAGUGGCGUUACCUGAAUCUAGACGUUUUCAACGAGUACAUCCAGCACAUAAUCAAUGCAGGACAUCGGUAUGUGCCCUCCCUGGAGUAUGUGAAGCCAGAACAGCUGAUGUCCUGCUGCCACGAAGCCUUGCAAAAGAAAUCAUUAAAUAAAUAAACCAGUAGAGUGCC